GAGAAGGUGGCAUCUACACAACAGAAGGGGAGUGGUUUUCCAGAGCUACAGAGAGCAGAGACCGAACACAGGAUGCUGCCCAGUUUUGAGUGGCUGUCUCACCAGCUGGGCCUGCCAAGACUGGAAUUGAGAGUUUCUUCAGCCUUGGUCCUGAUCUUCCUGACACUUAGCAUCUGGAUCCUGGGAAACGUCCUGAUCUUUCUCCACCAAUUCUAUAUCAAGACCCGCAAGCUUCGAUGCUUCCCUGAACCCCCCUUACGGAGCUGGUUUAAGGGCCAUGCAGGACUGAUCACACCCUCUGAGGAAGGCAUAAAGAAUGUUAUUAAGUUUGUCAGCACUUUCAGGGAGGUCUUUUUAUUAUGGGGUGGACCCUUCCACUCAAUUAUUUUCAUCUGUCACCCGGACUACCUCAGACCUAUCACCUCAGCUUCAGCCAAUAUUGUACCCAAGGACAAGCUUUUGUAUGGACUCCUCAAGCAUUGGCUGGGAGAUGGGCUGCUUGUGAGCAAAGGAGAGAAAUGGUUCCAGCGCCGGCGCCUGCUGACCCCAGCUUUUCACUUUGACAUCCUCAAACCCUACAUAAAGAUCUUCAACAAAACCACAGACAUCAUGCACAUGAAAUGGCAGCAUCAGUGUGUUGGGGGCAGCUUCCACCUGAACGUGUUUGAACACAUCAGCUUGAUGACACUGGACAGCUUGCAGAAAUGUGUCUUCAGCCAUGACAGCCGUUGUCAGGAGAAACCAAGUCCUUACAUCUCUGCCAUCUCGGAAUUAAGUGCCCUCGUGUCAAAACGCAACAUGGAGCCACUCCUAUACUUUGAUGCUAUAUACUUCCGCACCAGCCAGGGAAGGCAGUUUUCUAGGGCUUGCAAAGUUGUACAUAGCUUCACAGAUGCUGUCAUCCAAGCCCGGCGCCAAGUCCUUGCUGAACAAGGUACUGAGGCCUUCAUCAAAAAUAAGACCAAAGGAAAGACCAUGGACUUCAUAGAUGUUCUGCUGCUGGCCAAGGAUGAAGAUGGGAAGACUUUGUCAGACAAGGACAUUCGGGCUGAGGCUGACACCUUCAUGUUUGAGGGCCAUGACACAACAGCAAGUGGCCUCUCCUGGGCCCUCUACAACCUGGCCCACCACCAAGAAUACCAAGACCGCUGUCGUCAGGAAAUACAGGAGCUCCUGAGGGGUCGUCAGCCAGAGGAGAUUGAAUGGGAUGACCUGUCCCAGAUGCCUUUCCUGACCAUGUGUAUCAAGGAGAGCCUGAGGCUGCACCCACCAGUUGUUGUUAUUGCUCGUCAGUGCACCAAGGACAUCCAACUACCUGAUGGGCGCAUCAUCCCCGAAGGGUGUACUUGUUUGCUCAGCAUUUUUGGAAUCCACCACAAUCCAUCUGUGUGGCCCAACCCUGAGGUCUAUGACCCAUACCGCUUUGAGCCAGAAAAAAUCCAGAAGAUGUCACCUCUGGCAUUUAUCCCAUUCUCAGCUGGACCCAGGAACUGCAUUGGCCAGAACUUUGCCAUGUAUGAGAUGAAGGUUGUGCUGGCCCUCACUCUACUGCGAUUCCGAAUCCUCCCUGAUGACCAACCAGUCAAAAGGAAGCUAGAAGUGAUCCUCAGAACAGAGGAUGGGAUGUUCCUGAGGGCAGAGCCACUGCAGACGCACUUCCCAGAAGCCCCCAAGAAGUGAUGGAUGAGAAUUUCCUCAGGCUUGGGACAUGAAGGCCUGGAGUCUGCCAGUCCUUCAGUUACUCUUGUCUUGUUUGUGAAUCUUCAGAAUAAAAGGAAUUUAACUUGCAAA